AUGAACAGUCCUGGAGAAGCAUACAGUCACGUUUCGCCGGAUGAUAAUGACGAUUCCAACACCAACCCCGACAUCAACAGCAACAAUCGCCGCCAGAGGAUCAAACACGCCUGCGAACCUUGCAAGAAGAGAAAGCGGCGCUGUGACGGCGAACAGCCAUGUGCUACCUGUAUCAAAUACGAAUAUAGAUGCUACUUCGAAGCGGUGCAGAGGAAACGCCGGAGUCGUCAACCGGAAGGAUCACCUAGUAGUCAUCAUGAUGUACUUUCGGUUGGGACUCCUCUGAGCGUCGUUGGAGUUCCUCCUGAAAGUAAUCGAGAGGCGGCGGCGACGGCGACGAACGGGACAAGCCCGAGGGAGGCCAAUGCUAGUGUCGCAUUUGCUCAGCUGCUUCGGAAGCGACUUGAGCCUCGUCAGGCAGACCAGCCCCAGGCAAGAAGCUCCACCUGGAAUAUCGGAAUAAGCGAGGAGCAACAAGAACUCCCUUCGGAACUCACGAGGCUCAUUACGAAAGAGCAGAUGAGGAGGCUUUCAGAAGCAUACUUUGGCACGAUCCAUCAACUGUACGGCUUUCUGAACAGGGAGGUAUUCGACGCCAAGAUUGAGAAUAGAUGGCAGAUGAUCUAUGAUCCGGACCCAUACGAUUCAAUUCUGUGUGGUGUCGCUGCACUGGGAUCCCAGUUCUUAGGAGACUCUUCCACAUCUCUCGAAAUGUCACUAGUAAAUUGUGCUAAGAGGAUGCUGGAGAUCACCAGUGCCUCGAACACCCCUUCCUAUGAGAAUGCAGCAUCAUGGACAUUGCGGACAAUCUACCUCCGAAGCACUACUCAACCAUACGCUGCCUGGAUAACGAGUUGUACCGCAAUGCUCACUAUUGAUGGUCUCGGGGUGGUAGCAGAGGCUGAUGACGAAUCCGAGGAUGGUAUCAUCAACAAGCGAAGACUGUUCUGGUGUGCGACUGUGCUCAAUACUUGGGUUUCGAAUGAAUAUGGACGCUCGAAGGUCGAAGUCUCUAAGCAACCCGUAGCCCACCUGGUCAGAAGACCCGGUGACUUCACUCCCGAUCUUCUUUAUCUCUACAGAAUCUCUGAACGACUAGACCCCAAGAAGCCUUCCACGGCAUCUGAAUUUGAAGCUGGUAUCGCAGAACUUGUUACAUUCCAACCUCCCGCGGACGGAUUGUUUCUUUCGCAAAGCAAUCUGGCCCUGGCUUUGUAUCGCCGUCUUCGCUUUGUCUCACCAACGAUAUCUGACGAGACGAUCCGGAGAGUUAUCGACAUGGGUAAUGCCGGACUGGAUGCAGUCUUGCGACUUAUAAGGCUGCGCCAACCAUGGUGGCACGUUGCCAAUGUGCCGUUCCAAUUCAUAUGUACACUUCUUGUCAUCGACACCGAAGAGUCGCUGGAGCACCUUGCCCGGGCAGUGGAUACUUUGCAGGCGGUUGCGGAAUGCUUUCCAACCCGUUCUCUGACAGACACUUUGUCUAUGGUCAGGAAGCUCAUUCAAUUGGCUUGUAAGCAGAAGAGGGGGCAACUCAGCCUCUUAGAACAAAGUUUGGCCCCUCGACCGGCUCCUAUGAGAGAUCAGUUGAACUUACAGAUGAGUUCUGGUCAGGGUCAGCAGUCCGACCCUUUGUGGGACAGUACAUCCCCAGCAUCGGCUGACUUCUCCGACUUUGACUGGGAGAAGUUCUUUAGUACUGAUGUCUCUGUUUUGGAGUACCCUGCCCCACUUUCUUGA